AUAGGGUGGUUGAUCCUGCGACCGAGCAUACCUACAUCGAAUAUACUCGACGUGUGCGAAUCCUUCAACCUGUUCGCAAGUUCGUUAUUGUGUAUGUGCACUGACUAAUUUUGAUGGUGUAACCAGUUUUGGAACUUCAUCCUGUCAUUUAUUGAGAUAUGGUUAUACUGAAUAAUCCGGUUUCACCCCCUGGCAUGUCUUGCCGGGUAAACUACGGUUCCAACGCAGCUGACUGGGACAUAAACGACAGUUCCGUGCCUAGAAUAAGCAAAUACGACCACUUUUCCGAAUGGGCCGACGGUCAUUGCCGCCUGGUCUACCGCGUGGACAACGAAGACGCAAAAAGACACUCCUCGGGCUGGGCAAUGAGGAACACCAACAACCACAACGUGCACAUCCUGAAGAAGAGCUGUUUGGGCGUUCUAGUCUGCUCGGAAAGGUGCAUUUUGCCAAACGGCGAAACUGUUCACCUUAGACCCGCCAUAUGCGACAAGGCUAGAAAGAAACAGCAAGGCAAACCAUGUCCAAAUAGAAGAUGCACAGGUCGUUUAGUCAUUUUACCAUGCAGAGGUCAUUGCGGUUACCCAGUCACACACUUCUGGAGGCAUACAGAUGAAGCAAUCUUCUUUCAAGCAAAAGGCAGUCAUGAUCAUCCCAGACCUGAAGCGAAAAGUACCUCAGAAGCACGAAGGAGCUUAGGUAGUGGCAGAAGGGUCAAGGGGUUGGCUGUGAUGUUGGCCAAGGAUACCGCAAUAGGAAAUAAGUUAGCAGUACUGAGAGAAUCGAGAAGACAUUAUAGAGAAAUGAUCAUCAAUAGAAGACGAACGAAACAACAGAAUCCACCACCACUGAUUUCCGAUCAAGAAAAAGGUUAUUGUUCCUGUCCUCCUUUCGAAUGCAUCUGCACCAUACCAUCAGUUCCAGCGAUCCAACAAUACCAGUUGAACUCACCGGAAGCCUACCAACAACCUCAAGUGUUGAACUCGUAUUGGACUCAAGAACCAGCUUACGCCAACUCUUACCCCACGGACAUCAACACAAGUUACAACCAACAGUACGACCUGGCGAACAUAUCCACCGAUCUCUUCCAGCCAGAGGAGAUAUUCCAACUUGACCAUCCGAUCAAAGCGGAGUACUCCAACCAGCAGAAUGACAUGGCAUCUUCUCCUCCAACUCUGCUGGACUUGGGCAGCGGCACCAUUCACAGGGAGUUCAAAACGGAGGAUUAUUGGACGCAUAACAUCUCGAAUCUGGCCAGCGAAGACAGCAACAACAGCUGUAGCAGCAGGUUCGACCAAAAUCAAUCUCCAACCGGACAGGUGGCUCCCAACAGUAAUCUGAUGGUACCAGCCAUUGACCAAAAUUAUUACAUGGAAAGCGCGAAGUUUGACGAUCCAACAUAUCUAGUCGACAAAGUGGACAGUACUUUCUUCAGCUCAACAGAAGCUCCAACUGUAUGUUCUUUCGAUGUUCCUAUUACCGAUAAUAAGGCUUACUACCCCCAGCAAGAAAAUUAUAGCAAUUAUGAGGCUAAGCAUUUCAAAGACGUUACCAAUGAUAUUGCCCAAUACGGGGAUUACCACUUUCUACCCGACUAUGAAAAUAGAGUAGAGUCUACAGUCUUAAGCGAUUUGGACUAUAAAAUGCAAAAUUACCUGUCGACACCCACACUUCCUUUUGAGCCAUCAUUUCAUAUCACGACUCAUUCGUAACUGGACUGAAAAAUAGUUUUGAGUGCCUUUGUACAUAAUGAACUUCCUUUCCACGAGGGCAAAACUGUCGUUUGUAUCGAUUCCAAUUAAUAUUCAGAAUAUGUAAAUAGAACUUCUUGUUCUUCCACCAGUUUUUCUUGUGAUAUGAUAAAGACAUCAAUAGCUUUCGUGGAAGAGUAGUAUUUAUCUGCUUUCGAGAUC